AUGGCAAUAUACAGAUGUGCCACACUUACUGCUGGCAACUGGACGCUGGACCACUGCAUAACUAAGUAUCUAGAAGAAAUAUCAGAAUGGGUCGGAAAGAAUCCAGAUGAGGUUGUGACGAUACUACUGACGAACGUCGAUGCCCUACCGAUUGAAAAUUUCGACGAAGCUUUCAGUAGUGCAGGGUUAAAAGGCCUUGUAUUUCGUCCCAAGAAGAGGCUUUCUCGAGACGAGUGGCCAACUCUGCAAGAGUUACUUGAUGGUGGAACUCGGCUUACUGUAUUCAUGGAUUUCAACAUGAAUGUGAGAAAAGUUGACUACAUACUUGAUGAGUUCGACUAUUUCUGGGAGACUCCAUUCGGUGAAACCGACUCCUCGUUUCCAACCUGCAAGGUUGACCGCCCGGAGAAAGGGGAUCCAACCGUACUCAUGGGGAUUAUGAACCAUAUGUUGAACUACGACAUCAUGGGUGUCGUCGUCCCAAAUCAGGCCGAUGCAGAGAAGACGGAUUCAGAGUAUUCUAUCCAAAAACAGGUAGACCUUUGCGAGAGCAGCUGGGGCAGGCGACCGAAUGUCGUUCUUUUGGACUGGGUUAACGUUGGAGAGGCAAUGGACGCCCAGAUAUCUCUGAAUGGUUCACGAGGAUCGCACAGUUGA